GCAUACAUUUAACUCCUAUUAUUUUUAUUAGUUCAACACAUUCCAGUAUUACUCAUUUAGUCAUUGAAAGUCUGAAACCAUGAAUGCAGUUUAUCUUCUUUUACUAAUUUCAAUUAUCCCAUUGGUUGCCUGCAAGAAGGACCUUAAUUUAUAUUGUGGAGCAUGUAAAGCAAUCAUGCAUGAAGUAGAUUACAGCAUCCAACAGGUCGAUCCAAACAAGAAGAUUGAUGUUGGAAGCUUCCGGGUUGAUCCUAAUGGAAAAACAAGAACAGUUCAAAAAUCAUAUGCACGGUCGGAGUCUCACCUCACUGGGCUGUUGGAACGAGUUUGCAGCGAAAUUUCUGACAAUUAUGUUGAAUCAAAAGACCCAGAAACUGGAACCAAAAGGUAAUUGUUGAUUUUAUUAAGAUAU